AUGGACAUUACCGACCCGGACAAAACGGCAAUCAUUGACAAGGAGCUCACACGGCCGAAUGUAGACAUCACUGCCCGGCAAGAGACAAGACUUGCUGACUCUGGUUUCAUUAGGCAAAGAAAUCACACAUUCUUCUGGAAGGGUCUUGGAGAAGAUGAGAGGAGAAUCCAUGGUGUGGGGUUUGCUGUAUACAACAGAUUGCUGAACAAGUUCCGUUUUCCUCGAGGUAUAAAUGAGCGCAUCACUAUCAUGGAAGCGGGGACUAAAACUGGAAGGGCCCAUCUCAUUAGUGCCUAUGUUCCUAUUCUAACAGCAGAAAAUGACAAAAAAGAUCAGUUCUACGAAGAACUUCAGGAUAUGAUCAACAGUAUCCCAAGGGCAGACAAACUUUCUCUCAUGAGUAAUUUCAAUGCAAGAAUAGGCGCUGAUCACCAAGUAUGGCCCAAGUGCCUUGGACAGUUUGGACUGGGGAAAAUCAAUGAUAAUGGCCAGAGACUCUUCGAAUUUUUCACAAAUAACAACCUGUGCAUUGCAAGCACCUUCUACAAUGGCAAAGACCGGCAUAAAGUUUCUUGGUGCCAUCCAAGAUCAGGUUAUUGGCUCCAGAUUGACUUCGUCAUCGUCAGAAAGAAUGAUGUCAACGCUGUAAAGCAAACAAGAUCCUUCCACAGUGCAGACUGUAACACAAAUAACCUGUUGGUUAUAGUAAAGGUAAAGAUGGUCACAAAGAAAACCCCAAGAGCCGAAAAACCAAAGAAACCUAAGAUCAACAAAAAAAAAAACGCCCAAGAACCAGUGAUGAGAACCAAAUUUCAAGAAUAUUUUGAAGAACAGCUCCAAAACGUAGCUCAUCCCCUGGCGACAUGUGGAACAACAUGA